AUGGAAGAAGAGCUGAUGGAGACCAUUGAGCGCCUGCAGGCCCAGGUGGAGGAGCUGCAGGCCCAGGUGGAACAGCUGAGGGGCCUGGAGCAGCUGCGAGUGCUCCGGGAGAAGCGGGAACGCAGGCGUACCAUCCAUACCUUCCCCUGCCUCAAGGAGCUGUGCACCAGCCCCCGGUGCAAGGAUGCCUUCCGCCUCCACAGUUCCUCCCUGGAGCUGGGCCCGCGGCCCCUGGAGCAGGAGAACGAGCGGCUGCAGACCCUGGUGGGGGCGCUGCGCUCGCAGGUGAGCCAGGAGCGGCAGCGCAAGGAGCGCGCGGAGCGCGAGUACACGGCGGUGCUGCAGGAGUACUCGGAGCUGGAGCGGCAGCUGUGCGACAUGGAGGCCUGCCGCCUGCGCGUGCAGGAGCUGGAGGCCGAGCUGCUGGAGCUGCAGCAGAUGAAGCAGGCCAAGACCUACCUGCUGGGCCGGGAAGACCAGCUGGCUGAGGCUCUGCUGGCGCCCCUCACCCAGGCCCCUGAGGCUGACGACCCCCAGCCGGGCCGCGGGGAGGACCCGGGUGCCCAGGACGGUGUCCCCUCGCCGGCCGCAUCCCCGGGUCACGCAGUGCGCAAGAGCUGCAGCGACACGGCGCUCAACGCCAUCGUGGCCAAAGACCCAGCCAGUCGGCACGCGGGCAACCUGACGCUGCACGCCAACAGCGUGCGCAAGCGGGGCAUGUCCAUCCUGCGCGAGGUGGACGAGCAGUACCACGCACUGCUCGAGAAGUACGAGGAGCUGCUGAGCAAGUGCCGGCAGCACGGGGCGGGCGUGCGGCAUGCCGGCGUGCAGACCUCGAGGCCCAUCUCCCGGGACAGCUCGUGGAGGGACCUGCGCGGGGGCGAGGAGGGCCAAGGGGAGACCAAGGCCGGGGAGAAAAGCCUGAGCCAGCACGUGGAGGCCGUGGACAAGCGGCUGGAGCAGAGCCAGCCCGAGUACAAGGCGCUCUUCAAGGAGAUCUUCUCCAGGAUCCAGAAGACCAAGGCUGACAUCAACGCCACCAAAGUCAAGACGCACAGCAGCAAGUGACCCUUUCCUGGCCCGCAUGCCUGGACCGUGCAUCCUCUGGUGAGGUAGAGCCUUUAGCAGCAAUGCAUCACAGGACGUGGCUGCUCCAGAGGCGCAGGAGGAAGGGGCCCCUCUGAUCUGGGAACACAGCGUGUUCCCUGAUGACGUGGGAGGCGGCCAACCUGUCCUGCCUCCCAGGAGCCCUUGGCCACCUGCAUCAGCCCAAAGGCGCAGUUCAGAGUUUCAAAGCCAAACGUCCCCACUCCCCCAGGGAUCGCCAUGCUCUCCCAGCCCCCGGCUUGCUGACCCUGGGCCUCGCCCUCAGAUUGGUGGCCAGGCUUCUGCAAGCCUUUCUGGAUUAUUUGGCUUUUUAAAUUUUUUCCAAAGUUUGUUUUUUCUGAGAGAUUUGCAAUGGGAAGUCUCCUUGACCCCUUGCCACAACUGGAAACACUUGAAAGGGGACCCCAGAGCCACUGUUUCAGGUUUCAGGGGUCUCCUGGACCACCCACUGCUUCUCCCCAGCUGUGAUGCUCCCACAUUCCCUUAGCACCAGCUGCCCCACCGUGGGGUCCUGACCAGGUCAGAGACAGCCCCUGCCAUGCAGACCAGGAGGCCUCAGCCAGGCCCCGAGUGUCCCCUGAUCCAGCCCUGCCAAGGCCAGGCUUCUCCCUGGAGACCCUCAGCCCACAGCAGAUCUGUAGCCAGUCAGAGGAGGGGAAGAGGGAGCCCGUGGCAGAGCCAUGCACCGUUUCCCUCAGAGCCAGCCCCCCCCAGGUCCAGCCCAGAAAUGCCUUCUGGGGCUGUUAAGCCUUCCAGGGGCUGGGGCGGUAGGAGCCCCAUCUCUGCACACCGCCUCCCACUCACCAAGCUUGGCUUCUGCCUCCCCUCUCUUCACCUGCCCCCAUCUCAGGGACCAUGAUGUCUCAUUCACUCCAUGCUCCCCACAGGCCAACCCUGGCACAGGUCACAUCUGCAGCCCCCAGAAUGUCCUGGGCAUGUGCCACCAGCUGGUGGUCUCACUGUCCACCUCUACCCCCCCUUCACUGGGGACUGUCAGAUCCUUACUCCACACCGAGUAGUAUCGAAUUGGGACAGGGAAGAGAAACCUGUCCCCUCUCUCUCCCUCAUAAAAUGCCUGCUCUUAACCUCCCACCUUUGUGGGGGGGCUUUUGAGGACCCAGCUGGGUUAGGGGUUUAAUCUUUUGGUUUAAGACUUCAGAGAGUCAACUUUCAGCUAAGAGAUGCCAACGUCCCCAGAUUGCCCUGGCCAGUCCUUCAGGACUUCUGGUUCCUUCUGCCGCCCUUCCUGAGACCCUAGAAAUCAGAGGAGCCAUACAGUCCAGUGGAAGGUGGUGGCCCUGGCCUCUGUGCCAGGAACCUAUGGAGAACCUUUAUGCCUUACUUAUUUGCAAUGGGUACAGGGGUUUUCUUAACACGCAUGUCUGACCUCCCUGGAGACACCACCCUACUCUCUGGGCGGCACUGUGAUACGAGCUGGCGGCUGAGUCCUUCCAUUCAUGCAACUUGGAACCCUUUGUCCUUUGGGGCUGGGCAGCUCCCAGCCCUCCAUGUGUCUCUGUUACCUGGGGGGAGGAGUGGAGUCAGAGGGUGGGGAAAGAGCUCUGGCCUGUCUGUCCCCCAGCUCUGUAGUGGCUGACCAGCAUCACCUUUGAAGUAUACGUGAGAGAAAUAUAUUUACAAAUGCUUUAUUCUCUUCUUUAAUAAAAAAUGCAUCAGUAUUCUAAAAGCA